GAAUCAGUUAACGAUUUGGAUGAUUUAAUUAAUAACAUUAAUUUUACACCUAUAAUGGCAACUGAGCCUUCAAGUUUAACAUUAGAUCAAGAUUCAAAUAUAGAAAUACUAAACAACUUAGUUAAUGAUAAUGAUGAUCAUGACAUGAUAAUAUUAAAUUAUAAUGAUAUAUUUAAAUACUGUCUUGGGUACAAAGACGGCACAUUGAAUAAUCUAUAUUGUGCAGGAGAAAUAGAACUAUUAGGUGUACAAGAAUUUCCAGAGUUAAAAAAUAUCCCAACAAAUUAUAUAUCUGUUAGAGAAGCAGCAUGA